CGCUCGCUGCACAAACCAAGAAAAAAAGCUCUCAACACACACGACUCGAAAGAAGCUCCGCUCUCUCGCCAUGUAUCUAGAUACGAAAAACUUGACGGCCAGCAGCACCAACACCAACACGAACAGCAGCAGCAGCAGCAUCCACACAUCAGCUUCGAUGACAGCGACAGCAGCAACACCUUUGGGCGUGCCCAAGACUGUGCGACGCAUGCGCAAAGUCUGGCAGCCCCUGCGCCGCCUGCUGACAGUGGGUGGCAAGGGCAGGCCGGCGCCCCUGACACUGGCCCACCCCAACAAUGUGGAUCUCAACAACACACAGCAGCAGCAGCAGCAGCAGCAGCAACAGAUCGAGCUUAUCCUCGAGGAUGAGAGCAAGUCAACGCCUGAGGAGUCUAUCUACAAGUACGGGGCGGAGCUGAGGCAACUCCCCGUGGAGGAUGAGGUGUCACUCACCCAGCCCCCCAACACGCCCACCCUCAUCAGCAGCGUCUAUGUGGAGAAGGCCAGCGCACAGAGUUGUGGCGCCUGCCCCCACGGACGCAACUGUCAGCACACACAUCACAACAGCAACAGCAACAGAAACACGACCACGACCACGGCAACAUCAAGUGCAACUGCAGCACAGUUGCCCAGCAAUCUCUGGGAUCUGCAGUUGCCGUUGCAAUACAUUAGCACCGAUAACGGCACCUUCUUCUGGGCCAACACCCAGGAGCGGGUGGACGACGACCUGCUGCACGCCCUACUCUGCCAGAGCUUCAGCCAACUGCCCGGCACCCUCUGCUAGCUGGAUCUCCCACAUGUUCCAGCCACCCCCACCCCCAGUACACAGAUCUCUCACAUUAGGGGGACACUCCCCCUAAUUAUUGUAAUUUCAUUUAUUUAUUCUCCUGCGCAAUAUAUACGUUGUUAAUGUGAUACUAAUUUGCAUAUAAAAUUAAAUAUACACUACAUACACCUUUGUA